AUGGAGAACGGUGUGACAGACGUUUAUCUGGUUUCCCUUCCAUCUGAGAUAAAAUCUCUUAAGAUUGUCGGCACCAAUCACUCAAAUAACAGGGACGACGGUGAUGUGUCCAACAGUAGAACUCCAAGUCCUACUAAGAGAUGUCACGAGAUGAUGUUUAUAGAUGAUGGAAACGCCUCUUCCGCUUCUUCCUCUGCCACCUCCACAAAGGAGCGCGAAAAACAGCACCAUACCAGUGGUGACUCAGACCGACAGGGAAGCACUAUUCGGUGUCACGUCGUCGAACCUCCUUCUUCCCUUCCACCACUCCCACCUCCAUCACCACCGGUGUCUCCAGAAGUGUGCGAAAAGUCCCAUGCACCUUCUCGUCGUCUUCCUACAGUGGUAGUACUUGGAUACCAACGGGUUGUAGCUGAGUCCCAAGCAGCCGCUGAGCGGAUGUAUCAGCAACAGCAGCUGCUUCGGCAAGGCACUCACCUCAGUGACAGUCCCCUUACCCUGAGCAUCGGUUCUAGCGGACUCAUAGAUCACAGUCUGCCCACCUCUCCACACGGUCGGAAUAACAGAGUAAAGUGUCCCCAGCCUGAUGAUCUUCCCUACGUGGCACAACCUCCUUCACCACAGUCUCCUCCCACCAACGCCUCGGAUGAUAUCAAUAUUUCACCGGUCAUUAGCUCAUCCUCCCAGUCGCCGUCUCUACCAUCGGUUACAUUGCAAAUGACCACCCCCUCUGAUCAGCCAGUGUCAAAUUCAUCGCUCAGUAGCUCCCCGCCAGACGUAGGAGCUCUGUGGCCAGUGUUGGGCCCAAAACCUGUGGCCGAGGAUGCGGAAUCUAUCGCCGAGUCAGUGUAUCACCAACCACCCAAAGCGGCUGAUCGCAGCGCUGCUUAUCGAUUGGCGCGCCGCCUCUUUACCUUGGACGGGUUCAAGAUCAGUGACGUUGCUAAGCACCUCUGUAAAAGAAAUGACUUUUCGCAAUUGGUGGGCGAGGAGUUUGCAAGUUUCUUCGACUUCACUGACCAAACGUUGGAUGCGGCACUGCGCCACUUCAUGACCAAGUUCGCUCUCACCGGGGAAUCGCAGGAACGAGAGCGCAUUCUCUUCCACUUCUCGCGUCGUUAUGUGGCCUGCAACCCCGGUGCCUUUGUCUCCGACGAUGCCUGCCACACUUUGGUCUGCGCGUUAAUGCUACUGAACACGGAUCUGCAUAGCCAGAGUGUGACACGAAAAAUGUCGUGCGAAGAGUUUGUGAGCAACUUGAUGGAGCUGAAUAACGGCGAGAACGCGUAUUCAUCGGAUGAACUGAAACGCCUCUACGAUGCAUUCAAGCAGGAACCACUCCGGUGGCCUGUGGUUGAAAUGCCGGCAUUCAACCUUAUGUACGGAGGUGCACCUGUGGGUCCAGUUUCCUCAAUGCUACCAACUGGUCUCUAUGGUUUUGGUAUGAACGGUGCAACCACACCAACAAAUGGGGUGGCAUUUGUCCCUCCUUCGGCUGCUACUGUCGUCUCUGCUCCCAACUCUCCAGCCUCCUCCUCCUCCUCCUCCUCUGCCCCUAUGAGGAGUGGGGUUGCAUCAAAUCAAUCCGCGCCACCUUUUUGGCAGGCUGCGGAUGCUUCACUGCUUGCUGCAUGGACCGCUGCUACUGCUGGUGGUGGUGGAAAUGGUAGUGGUGGUCAACUUCGACAAUCUGCCUUCACUUCCCAAGGCCUUCUCGCUAAUUCAUCCACAGUUGGUGCUGCUAAUAGCAACAGCAGCAACAAGACAGAGGGUGGUGGGGACCUCUUGAAAUUGUUCACCAACCCCUUUGCGGAUAUACCGAAGGAUAUCUCCGCGCGGGAGUAUAUGCGUGGGUUUGUGAUGCGAAAAUGUGUGAUGGAUUCACAUGGCAAACGAACGGCAAUUGGCAAGCGCAGCUGGAAACUCUUCUACGCUCGCCUGCGUGACCUCAUGCUGUACCUCUACAGGGACGCGGAGACUGCGGCUGCGGCUACACGGACAGAGGAGAUGGCUGUAAGCUAUAUGAAACAGGUCUACCGUUUGCAACUCCACUGUCAACAACUCCGUCUCUACCAUGAACAGCAUCAGCGAUUACAAGCAUCUCUGCCACCGUCCACUGCUUCAGCUGUCACUGAUGAUGCCUACAACAGAGGGGUGGAUUAUGUGGAUUUUGCGGUUCUCUUUUUGAACAUCACUAUUAUCAUUCCCAGCUCACCACUCACUGAGGGUACUAAUGGAUGCGUUUCCUCAAAGCACAAGGAGGGUGUGGACCGAUUUGACGAUGAAGGAGGUGGUGGUGGAAAGAAGGCAGAGGCAGAUUGGAUACAACCUCCCCCUCCACCGCCACCACCACCAUCACAGACAUUGAAUAAUGGUUCUGCUACCGUAUCAAGUGUUCUGCAACAACAAUUAGCGGCAGCAGCAGCAGCAGCUUUCCAACUGCCACCUACACCACCACCACCGCCACCACCACCGGAGGCUGUCAUUUGCAUAGCACACGCCUUCGCUUGUGUUGCAGAGGACUACGUAAAAAAGCCCAACGUCUUUCGUCUCACCACCAAGGAUGGCUCGGAGUACCUCAUGCAGGUUAAUGAGACGAAGGAGUUGGAGUACUGGGUGGACAAGAUCAACUACGUCGCAGGCCUUCUCUCAGCUCCCUCCCUUCCCUCGGCUGUGGGCUCCGAUCACAUUUUUCAUCGACCUGUCCUUCCCUCAGGGGUCACGCAUUUGGGAGUGCAUGAGCAAUUGGAAGGUCAUCAAAAGCGGGUAAUGGAGUUGGCACGGGACCUGUCAGAACUGAAACGGCGUCGAAUGUCAGCACCGUCGCAGCCUAAUCUUACCUAUUUGCCUCGGGAGGCAUCGGCACCGUCACCAUCACCUUCGGGUAGGGGCGACUCGUCUACGGUUGAGAACGAGGUAAAUCAACCCGUGCCACACUCACUCUCUACCCAAUCGCCUUACAUCCCCGACUCAGUGCUGAAGUCGCUGCAACCUUCGUCGGCUGCCACUCUUCCAUCCUUCGCCACUCAUCAUACCGACCGCUCGCUAUCUUCGGCUUUCUCCACCGCUAGUCUUGGUCGUCGACGCAAGAAGACCUUUAAUGCUCUCCGUGGAGGCACUGGUAACGAGUUUGCAGCCCAACGUGCGGAUUUGGAUGAACGCGUGGCCUUUCUAGAGCAUGAACUUGCUCGCUAUAAGACCUAUUCGCGUCUCCUCGAAGCCGAACUGACUCGUCUGCAGCGUUUGCCUCCUUCUUCACAGACCCAAACCGCAGCACCACCACCAUCAUCAAUGCCCCUCGUCUAUGGCGCAUCGCCGCAAAUUCGCGGCUUCUGGCAGGUAUGUGGAUCGACAGAUCUCCUCGAAGAACCGUCUGCACUUGAUAGCAGCAGUGGAGGGGGAGGAGGACCUCAAGCAACAAUAGUAACAGGUCUUCCACCUCCACCGAAACGAGGCUACUCUUCCUCACUUGCAAUUGGGAGGCAAUCGCGAUCACAUCGAAUCCAGUAUCGCCAGUAUCAAGCGCAGCGUCGCCAACAACAGUUUUACGGCCCUGCUGCACCGCCCCUCCUUGCAUCAGCGACUAUUCAGAAUGCGCAUCCAGAGGAGGAAGCUGCAAUGACGACGACUACGGAUAUUGCGUCGACGGGGGAAGAGAACUGCCCAACAGCCUUCUAUGAGGUGCUCUAA